CUGGUUAACUGGGUUCAUAUUGUGGGAGGCUUACAGUUGGCAACGUUUUUUAGAAAAGGAACAUGCUCACCAGUAGUUUGAUUAUAUGGCAGCAAUCCCGUGCAGUUUCUUGGCAGUGAAUCCUGCCAAAUGCAAUUGGUCUUAAUCAAUUGAUUCAGUGGUUAAAGUUGCCUAUGGAUAGAGCAAUAACUCUGAAGCACAUUUUGUUGGGAGGUAGCAUGCAUACCGGGCAGGAGCAUAACUCAGCAGGAGAGUGUUUGCUCUUGCCUGCAGAAGGUUCCUGCUUCAAUCUGGGACAAUUAAAAGAGAAGUGGGCGAGGGGGAAGAAGCGGGUGUUGGGGGGAGACCUCCUCUGUUUCAGAGCCCGGAGAGCUGCUGCCAGUCAGGGCAGGCAAUACUGGGUUAAAUGUAAGAGGAGCCCUGCUGGAUCAGCAUAACAGGCAUCUGCCGCUAAGGGGAUGAGGCCUUGACUUCAUAGCAGAGCACCUGUUUUGUGUGCAGGUUCAAUCCCUGGCACCUGCAGGUAGGGUUGGGAGAGAAGCCUGCCUAAAACUUUGUAGAGCCGCUGCCAACCAGUGUAGACAGCAUUGAGCUAGAUGGGCCGAUGAAUGAUGGGUGCAAUUUAUCUGGUAUUUCAUUUGAAUGGCUCCUUUUGGUUCCUCCCUUGUUAAAUAAUGAGUGUGGAACAGCAAUUAAGGUUUAAGUUGUAAACUGGUCUUCCCCUGUACCUUUUCAGGAAAUGAAAAGGUGCUGGGCUAGUAGCACUGAACCCUGUUUCGGGGCCCUGCACUACAAUUCCCAUCUUCCCUGACUGUUGGCUAUACCGGCUUGGGCUGAUGGGAGUUGGAAUCCAACAUCCGUGGAGGGACACAAGUUCUCCAUCCUUGGUCUACACCACUGCUGUAGUUUCAGAACAAAGUAGUUGAUUCCCCAUCUCAUGAUAUAGGAGGCGUUCUCAUGUUCCACUGAAAGGAUGAGAUUUUAAUCACUGGUAACUGGAGUGCUCUUGCUCUGUACUCUGUGACCAAUGCAUAGUUUGAUUUGGAAAUACCCCUGGAACGUAUUUUCAAGGUCAGGACUCAAACCCUGAAACAUGUUGAGGCACUACAAAAAGAGUGUUGCUUAACAUGUGCAGAGUGCAUUCUGGUCACCGCUGAGCAGGGUGGGCUUUACAGGGCAGGGCUGUUAGAUCAGAGCAUGCAAUUUUGUGAAGCCUUGGCACUUUUCAGUGUAGAGGUUAAGUCCUCCCAAGUAGAGGUCAUAGAUUAUCAGAGCUAGAUAGGCCUCGCUAUACCAGCAUAGGUCCCACCAGAAGAUGAGAGAGCAUGGCAUGAUAGUCAGAGGGGAGGCUGUGUGAUCUCAAGCUGUAGGCAAUUAUGGUCCCUUUCACCCAGUACUGCUUGUUUGUGAACAUCUGUUACAAACUCCAGAAAUGCUUGAUAUUUCCUCUGAUUUCAAUUCUCUCAUUCUACCCAUAGCAGUAACACUCUGGCUUGGAGGGGGGGGAAAGCUCUUUGAGAUGGAGUGCGAAGACCCAGGUCGUGUGGAGAUCCACAACUCAGAUGAUGGUGGGAUUGUACGGAGAGUCUACCUAGCUGACAAAGGUGAAGAUGAUCUGGAGCACGAGACCAUCCAAUCCAGCAUUCAGCAUGGACAGUCCAACUGGAAGGCAAAUUCCCAGCAGGAAGGAUCAGCCCCUGGCAGCUAUGGCGAGGGCGAGGGGGCGGUUGCAGCUGCAGUGGUCUCACGCUCCACCAAACAGCGCCCCUUCAUCUGCAACGAGUGCGGCAAGAGCUUCAGCCACUGGUCGAAGCUGCUGCGGCACCAGCGCACCCACACCGGCGAGCGGCCCAGCACCUGCACCGACUGCGGCAAGAGCUUCUCGCAGAACUCGCACCUGGUGCAGCACCGGCGCACGCACACCGGCGAAAAGCCCUACGUCUGCCGGGACUGCGGCAAGAGCUUCAGCUGGAGCUCCAAUCUCAUCCAGCACCAGCGCAUACACACAGGAGAGCGCCCUUACACGUGUGGGGACUGCGGGCGCAGCUUCACCCAAAGCAAGAACCUGGCCAAGCACCGGAGGACACACACGGGUGCCCGGCCGUUCCGCUGCCCCGAGUGUGGGCGGGGCUUUGCGCACACGGCCGGCCUGGUCAAACACCAGCGCCUGCGCCAUGACACCGACUCUCCCAUCGGGCACCCUUGCCCGGAAUGCGGGCAGCGCUUCCGGGCACCCUCCGAGGUGGAGCGCCACCGCGUGGCUCACCACGGCGUUGCCCCCUCGGAGCCCUUCAUCUGUGUGGAGUGCGGAGAGUGUUUCACCAAGAGAACCACACUCAUCCGCCACAAGAGAGUGCACAAGCCCAUCUUUGUGCGUUGAGGCUUUUCGUCGCCCCCGUGCGGGAUGGGAAUUCCAAACGUCUAUGCCCAGGCUUGCAGCCUGAAGACUACAGGUUGGGGUCCGAGGUGACUCUGGACGGCAACCUGGGUGUCGCUUGACCAGGUCAAAGGCCCUGAUGGGGCCAACGUGCAAAAUCCACUGGGUGGUGACGAGGAGGAGGAGGAGGAGCAGGAGGGAAGAAGAAAAGACUGGGCUCAGAGCUUGGACUCCAGGCCCUUGUCGGGAGAGAGACUGGUUGCAGCCCAGAUCUCGAACUGCCUGUGGGGCAGAAUGAAAGCACAGCAUAACUCUCACUCACCUGCUGAGAAUCUACAGGCCCUGGACUCUUCUCCUGUACAUACAAUGUGUGUGUGGGGGGGGGGAUUCUUUAGUUAGAAGCCAUAAUAGAAAACCUUCAAGGGGAGGGAGGGGGAAGAGAUCCAGUAAGCAAGUCUCCCUGAGACUUGGAUGGAAGAAAGAAUUCAGACGAGGAAGCAUCUUGCAGCAGAACUGAGUUGCCUCAGGGAAGGAGCAUGGACAAUUGGGGCAGGGGAAAUUGGAUGGCGGUUGAGGAGAGGACAGGGAGAUUGAACAAAACAAUUGUGAAAUAAAAGUUUUGUGUAUCUCCUGAUCUCAAAGUGCCAAACUCAUUCUUUCUUUUAGAAGUUUGCGAUCAAACAAGGGCAGUUCAAGAGACAAAGGUAGGCAAUGUGGCAGAAUGGGAAGAUGGACCAAAUUCGGAACAGGAGAUGAAUAGCACUGAUAAAAAGGCCACUCACUGGGAUACUGUGGUGGCUGAUGGGCUGUACAGAAGAAGAAAAGGAGACACUAUGGACUAAAAGACAUUUAAGCCCAGCAACCCAACAAGAGGACAUAGCAAGUCUUUUUUUUUUUUUGCAGUGCAGGGUACAAACUGGCAUCUGGGGCAGAACACAGUUCAUUUUAAAGCUGUUCCUUGUGUUUAUGGCUAUGGAUGUUAGUUAUGCAAAAGGCAGUUUUCAUAGAUAGGUCUUGAUCUUCCCAGCCACCUCAUAUUCCUCUCCUGAUAAAUACUUUUUGCAUACCCACAUUUCUCCACCUAUCACUAUAUUACUACAAGCAUACUUUAUCAACUACAGUCAAGCAAAAACUACAGAGGAUAGACAUCUACAAUAGUAGUAACAGUAUUAUCUGGCCUAUAAGUGAGUCCUUCAGAUGUUGAGGUGUUCUCUCCCUGCAGGGGAGAAAAGUUGUUAUAAAAUGAAACAUCCUUGCUUUCUGGUUUCCUGAGAAAACUUACAAAUGGUCCUUCAUCACACAGGGAGACAAGUGAAUGAGAGGCAUACAGAUUCAGGCUGCUGACACAACUACGAAAUAUCUCUAUAUGGAGGACAUAGUACUAAGCGUGCUUUAGGAUUGCAGGCUGAAAGUGUUAGUGCUUAUUGAAUUCUAUGGCUGCAUUUGGAUAUAGCUCAACCAUGGUUUAAUACAGAGACAGGGAAGCUGUGGCAUUCCAGAGGGUGUUGGACUCCCAGUCGUCAUCACUGACCACUGGCCAUGCUGGCAUAAAAUGAUGGGAGUUGAAAGUCCCAACUGGAGGCCCAUAGGUUUAGCAUUAACGGAAGGAACUUCAGGAAGCCCUUGCGGCAUCAUAGCUGCCAAGUUCUCCCUUUUUUUAAGGGAAAUUCCCUUAUGCUGAAUAGGCUUCCUCGUGAGAAAAGGGAAAACUUGGCAGCUAUGUGCGGCAUGCCUGGAUGUCCCUCGCCCUCUGGAUGAAGCAAGUAAGCUUCAUAAACUUUGAGAGAAAUUCAACAUAGUGUUAUGGCAAUCAUUCACAGUGCAAGCCAGGCAUCCCCAAACUUCGGCCCUCCAGAUGUUUUGGACUACAAUUCCCAUCUUCCCUGACCACUGGUCCCGUUAGCUAGGGAUCAUGGGAGUUGUAGGCCAAAACAUCUGGAGGGCCGCAGUUUGGGGAUGCCUGGUGCAAGCAUUUCAGCUUUCCAGAUGGAACAAUCCCCCCUGCCCCCCCCCCGCUGUUCUGGGAGCUCUCCACCGAGCCAAUUUGGUGAAGAAAGAGGAGGCAAAGGCGCUGGUGGUUGUGGGACUUGUUAUAUGAGUGCGCCCCUAGGGGUCUUAAGUUUGCUUCUUUCAACUAAUCUUUACAAUUAACUAGUUUGUCCGGGUUAAGGCGACACGGAUGGUUGUACCUAUUCUAAAACAGAAACAAAAAGCUUCUGGACUCCUCCUCGAUGUUGCAACAAAGGAUAAGGGGGAAAGUAUGCGAGUCCAAAGCUUGCAGUGCCUUGUAAUGCUAGGCAAACCAGCCCUAUUGGAUUUACUUCGGAAUAAAUAUGCUUAUGACCACACUAAGAUACCUAGUGAAUGUACAAUCCAAUACUCAGCCCUGGAACGUAGACAUAUUCUCCCUCAAUAUCAUUUCAUAC